AUGGCAUCAAACGUAAUGAUACGACUUGCGUCAGACAGAGUAAAUUUAUCGCUCUUGUCUGGGGACAGCAAUCCGCGGCUUUUUACACCUGGGGAAGUAAUCACAUCACAACAAGGAUACAUGCGAGGACAUGGGACCUACAUGGAGGAUGAAGAUAUUAAAUCGUCGGUCGCUGGUGUGAUGGUUCAGGUCAACAAGUUGAUAACUGUUAAACCUCUGAAAGGUCGCUAUGUUGGUGAAAUUGGCGACGUGAUAGUAGCACGUGUAAUCGAUGUACAGCAAAAACGUUGGAAGGUAGAUACGAAUUCCAGGCUGGAUUCGAUUCUAUUGCUCUCAUCGGUGAAUUUGCCCGGCGGAGAGUUGCGUCGGCGAGGUGUCGAAGAUGAACAGCAGAUGCGAAAAUAUUUGCAAGAGGGAGACCUCAUUUCGGCUGAAGUACAAAAUGUGCAUUCCGAUGGAGUGUUAUCGUUACAUACGAGAAGUUUGAAAUAUGGAAAACUGGGCCAGGGAAUACUAGUGAAAGUGUUUCCUUCAUUGAUUAAGCGACGAAAGACUCACUUUCACAAUUUGCCGUGCGGUGCCUCGAUCAUUCUAGGAAACAACGGAUUCAUUUGGAUUUCACCGAUGGUUAGCACCGAAGGCGAGGGUAAGGAUAAAUGCAAUGGUUUAUUGUUUUUACGCUGCAACAUAUUAUAUUUUUCAGAGGGUGGUGGCUUUACGCAGAAUUUGGAGGAAUCUAUUUCAAAACAAGACCGAGAAGUGAUCUCCCGGCUUCGAAAUUGCAUUUUAGCAUUAGCCAACUGCAAAAUGCUGCUCUAUGAUACAAGCAUUCUGUACGCAUACGAGGAGUCAUUAAAAUACGAAGUGCACGAGUUGUUACAUCAGGAAGCUAUGUUCGAUAUAGCUUUUUUGACCCAACAUAAAUUAAGAUUGCAAGAGUAAAGUCAAAUGUAGGUCAUAAUUUCAUUUUCGUUCUUAAUUUUGCUUUUUGAUGACUUUUGGUUAUUAGAGUUCCAUG